GUUAAUCUUUAAACAUGGAGCACGAGACGGAAUUAAAGUGUCAUGUGAAGGUUGUACUUUAGUCCUCUUUUAAAACCACUACAACCUGUGAAACUCAGCCGUUCUCCAGCAAAUGGACUGUUGACACUGCGUUCAUCUGGCUGCACCAAAGAGACACAAUUACCAAAACUGUACAUUUUCCAGCAGUCCUGAAAUCUUUGGAUUAUUUGGAGCCUUGUCCAUCAAAUUGUUACGAUUUGAAACAAUGAACCUGAGGAAACUAACGAGGCUUCUUCUGUUGUGGAUUACACUUCAUCUUCAAACACCUGAUGGAUCUGUUAUUACAGUAAACCAGGAUUUAAGUGACACAAACUCCAAAAUAAAUCUGGAGGAAAAAUGGAGCACAUUUCAAAUCAAACCUAAAUUCACAGUCAGAGUCGUGCUGGGAAACACUACAGAGCUGCAGUGUAGGAACGAGUCUAGCGAAGGACUGGUUUUGUGGUGGCAGACACCAUUUGGAUCAUUUGGAGAAAGAUACAAGUUUAGCGAUAAGGACCCGAUAGAGAUGAGGAAUGGGAAUCUGAGGAUCCCAAAGGUUACGUUAAGUCACAUCGGAGUUUAUACUUGCCUCCUAGUGGACAGCAGAGGCACAACAGUCAUUCUAUAUAAAGUAAACGUAUUGAACGAAAACACACCCAAGACAAGAACGGGGACAAGAACAGCCAGAGACGCAGAGACAUCCGGCAUCCAUUACACUCACUUCAUAGCAGUGGUGUCAUCAUCAGUGUUGGUUACCUUCAUAGGAGCGUUUACGAUCGGUGCGUUCAGCCAACCCUACGUCAUUACGUGUCUACAAAGAACAAGGACCAGGAUGCGUCCUAAACAAAGCAGCCCUCGAGACACUACAAGAGUCAGUAGACUCAGCACUGUGUUUUUCCAGAGAAACCCAAACUCUAAAGAAGACACUGUACACUUUGCGCCAAAGUCUUCAGCGUCUACCAAGGCUGCUGCUAACAUGAAGACAGACCAAGAUGAGAACCAAAAUGGAGCUCACCAGGAGGGUGGCUCGGUAAGCAGUGAUGUCGGAAAUGACAUAAUCAACACAUCAAAUGGAAAAGCAGGUGAUGAAGCAGAUCAAGAGAAAGACCAAGAAGGACAGGAACAUAAAGCCGGACUUGGAUUGGAACAACCUAAACGCAUCAGUAGAGUAAUUAAACUAUACAACUACGAUGAAGAUGGAAACCGAUACAACCACAUUAAAGAACAAGAGGUCAAGCCUACACCCAGACAGAGAGUGGCGUCACUCUCUCGUCUACAAAGUAUCAUGAACGAGGCGGAAACACAUGAUUUCUCUAGCAGCAGAAUCUCAGCCGGACCAGACGACACUUAAAGAUUUAAACACUUAAAACUUGGACAAUUUUAUGAGAAAAGUACACGAAUACUCUUAUUACCAUGCUUUAAAAGAUAGUUCAGCAAAAAUCUUCCAGUAAUGGUGCAUUCAAGUCAUGUCAGAAAGAUCGUAUUUAAAAAACCUCGAUGUAUUUUUUUUUAGUCAAGGUAGACCUCCAUCUUACUCUGACCAAAGUGACUUGAAUGAUAUUUAUGUAAAAAUUUUACUUAACGCACUAAAUAAUAAGGAACAAAAGACCUGGGGGUCGGUGGCUGUAACGUGGGGUUACUCCAGAGUUGCUUAUUUUCCAACAGUGCGUCCCAAAGUGUUUUAUUUCUCUUAUACCACAGCGAUUCACCAACAAUUACAGUACAAAGUGUUUUAUUUCUCUUAUACCACAGCGAUUCGCCAACAAUUACAGUGUUUUAUUUCUCUUAUAGCAAUUCGCCAACAAUUACAAAGUGUUUUAUUUCUCUUAUACCACAGCGAUUCGCCAACAAUUACAAAGCG